AUGGACGCCUCCUGGUUAAACAUUUUAGUUCCAAGACGACAACACGAACACAACGCCAUGGUAUCAGCUCUUACGCACGUAAUCUCAGGUCGUACUGAUGACAGCUCUUCUGGCCCAAAAGAAGACCAAGACCAACAGCAAGUCCUAGCCGUUAAUGAUGGUAAUGUAAGUGGGAGCAACAUAAUAUACCUUCCAGAUUCUGACAUUUGUCCAGUUUGCAAAUUGAAUACCUAUCAAUGCCUUGGUUGCCAAUAUUUUUCCAGCAGCCCUACUAAUGAAGAAGAAGAACAAGAACAAGAACAAGGGCAAGAAGGAAGAAACGCGGGCACCACAAAGAAACGGAAGAACAAGUAUAGGGGAGUUAGGCAGCGGCCGUGGGGCAAAUGGGCAGCGGAGAUAAGGGACCCACGGCGAGCGGCUCGCUUGUGGCUCGGCACUUUUGAUAAUGCAGAGGAUGCUGCUAGAGCUUAUGAUAGGAAAAAUAUAGAAUUUCGGGGAAUUAGAGCCCAAACUAAUUUUCCUCGAGCUGAGUACCAAAAUGAAUUGAAGGAGCCAGAUAAGAAAUGA